AUGGCGGCUUCCGCCUCUGCGACCACCCCAGAAGGUCGCCGUAGACGUACGACAGGAGAUCCAGAAGAACAACGACUGGUAACGGUUAAAGCACCAGUGGAUGUGGAUGGGACCCAAGUAUUGAUUUCUGUUGGAAGGGCUAUUUUAGCUCGAGCUUUCUUCAUCAUCCACUCAUUGACUACGAUUUGGCAGACAGUGACGAUAGAAGGAAGAGAUGGAGUCUGGGGUUUUGCGUUGCUUUCACUACUCAUCGUCUUUGAGGGAUCCUAUACAAUUAUCAUGCGUGCUGGCGAUGAACGAAAAUGGUUUUGCACCUCUCUUUUGCUCUACAUCGUAGCUACAGCACCGCCAAUAUGGCUACUCGAAACGAAGAUGUGUGAGUGGAGAAGAGAGUUCGAAUUGCAUGGGGAGAGCAAAAUCCGCAUUGGUGGAGCUGAGGAAGAGCUUCGUCUUCAACUUCUCGAACAGCUCCUAUUAGUAGUGCUUAUUAUCGGAAGAUGGCUCCUUCCAAAAGGAGAUAUCAGUCGCGAGCAAUUGUCACAAAUCUUACUUGCCUAUCUGGCGAUCUCCUCCGAUAUCGUCGAGUUUUUCGAUGUCUUCAAGGAGAAGCCUGUUUAUAACAAUGUCGGAGUCCAACAAAUCGUGCUAGCUGCCUGGACGCUUAGUCUUUUACAAUUCCCAUUCGUGCUCACAGUCAGUCGAGCUCGAAAGAUGAGGGUUGCUAUCACAAAAACUUAUGAAGAGCUGAUACUACCAACAAGACCGCCUAAUUUCUGGGAGAUCAUCUAUGAUGUCGACAUAUGGGCAAUCGUACUGGCUAACGCUUUGCAAGACAUUCCAUUCCUCAUGGUUCGUCUCUAUUUGAUGUUACAAUAUGGACUCGUCACAUAUACCAUGAUCUUUUUCACAUGCAAAAAUGCAUUGAUUAUAGCACUUCAGACUUACAGAGCUUUCAUCCUCCUCAACGAUCGUUAUGUCCAUCCUAAACCACCUGAUUUGGAUAUGUUGGAGUCACACAAGUACCAUUCUCGUGAACCAUCACGCAAAUCUGUUUCGCAUCAGCGUAAACGUAAAAGCAAACGUGCGAAAAGCGAGGAACGCCAGCAUUUAUACAGUCCUCGUCGCGAAGCGAAACGAGAACGUCGUCGCGAGAUGGAUAUAUUGGAGGAAACAACAACAUAA